AUGGAAGAUAAACCCGAGCAAAUUCAAGCACAAGUAACAAGUGAAAAGAAGAAGGACCCAAAGAGAGUAGCUGCGGGAAAACGAUUAGCUGCAAUCAGCAGAAUAGCAAAGGAGAGGAAAAAGAAACUGGCUGAACCUAGGGAGUCACCUAGUAAUGACAGUAUGAUUACCUACAUGGGAGUGGCCAUUGCAUUGAUAUCCCUUGUGCUAGCAUAUAAAACACAUCAGAGGGAAACUAAGGAACUAGAACCUGAGUUCAUCCCUAAAACCGUAGAAGUAACUAGGAAAGCUGAUGCGUCCAAGUUAGAUUCACUUGAAUGA